AUGAGGCAGAAAAGGAGAGCCAAUUCGUAUGACUGCUCUAUCUAUAAACCGGUCCACUGGAGCUCCGUUCAGGAAUGGGUUAAUCUUCCAUACUUUGAGCUUUCGUCCGGUGCCAGGUCAGAGCUAGGAAGCAAGGAAGAAGGUUUUGAGCGGUUCCCGGGAACAUGCGCUUUACAGAUUGGGAUGAAAGGCGAGUUGCAAGCUCAAGACUGUAUACCUCCGCAGGCGGCGAGGCUGAAGCAUCAAAAGAUACAAAUGCAAAGAGCAUCAUAA